AUGAAUGAACAAAAUUGUUCUCCGGGGGUCCAGGUUCAGAUGGCAAUCCCCUUACAUCUGCAAAGACUCGAGAGAAGUUUGAAUGUCCAGCCGUUUUUAUCUCAAGUUAAUCAUCUUUUCCAGGAUCAUUUGCAUGACGAAGGAGAUAAUGAUGAUAACGAUGAUGAUAAGUCAAUAUCUUCAGACUCUUCCGAUGGGUCUGAUACUUAUGCCAAUAAUACUUUAAAUCACAAGGAAGAAGAACGGAUGAACAAGCUGCGCCUGUACAACAUGUCAAAAAUAGGCGACGAAAGAAGAUGGCUACAAGACAUCCUUCUCUCCGAAUCAGACACCGAAAGCGUGUCAGUAUCCGAGUCCUCAGACACCGACGGUCCCAUAACAGAGCAAGACUUCCAGGACAUGCUUAAGUUCCACAUUCUCCGUAAAAAAUACCAAGGAAGAUUCUACCAAAAACCUGAAAACAUUCAGUAUCAGUAUUACGGCGCGGGUUUAUUAUCAAGCUGCGACCGGUUUCCAGAGCACCAGACUCUGAUAGUAGGCAAUAAGAAGAAAAAAGAAAAAAAGUCUGACAAAAAGCUCACCAAGGCGCGAAAAGAUAAAACCAACCACACUAAAUCCUCUACAAACAUCUGCGACGAGCAUGACUACCCCGAAAACGAGUGGGGCAAGAUGACAGCAUCAACAUCUGGAUCCUCUGCAACGACAGCAGCAACAACAAUGUCAACAUCAAUGCUAAAAAUAAAAAAAGAAGAAGAAGAGUUGGACGAGGCUGACCUGGACGGGAUGAUCCGUCAUCAGCAGCGUUCUCGCAAUCGCAAAAAGCACAACACCAAGAGCCCGGAAGUGAUGGCGAUGCGCCGCCGCAAGAUCUGGGUGAUGAUGUCCAAGAAGGAGCUCGGCAAGGUCCAGCGUGCUAAAAUAAACAACCACAAAGAGAUGCUGAUAAACUGCAAGAAGCUCUCGCAGAACUGCAUGAAAUACUGGAGGCAGAAGGCCAUGCAGUCGCAGAAGAACAUGAAGGAGACUCUUUGGCGCGCGAAGAGACUCACCAGAGAAAUGCAGUCCUACUGGAAGCGCUACGACCGGGUUGAACGCGAGACAAGAAAGCGUUUGGAAAAAGAAGCCGAAGAGCAGCGAAAGAUGGACGUGGAAUUGAUAGAGGCUAAGCGGCAGCAGCGCAAGCUAAACUUUCUGAUCACCCAGACGGAGCUCUACGCCCACUUUAUGUCCAAGAAAAUCGGGAAAGUGUCUCCGGAGGAGCAGCUGAGGAUUCUUAAUCAACUUGAUGAAGAGAAGAAUCCUAGGUUGAUUGGAAUUGAUGAUUAUGACAGUGAGUUGAUGAAGCAGAAGGCCAAGAGGAAUGCCACUGAGGCUUUUGAUUACGAGAGAGCCCGCACGAGGCAGUUCGAUAGCGCUGCUGGUGUUUCUGGAGUCUCCAGUGCACCAGCAGUGAUAUCUCCGCUAGUUUCCCAGGAACUUCGACUGAGCGAUACACCAGAGAACCUCGAGCAUCCUCAGCCCUCGAUUUUCAAGGGAAACCUUAAAGGUUAUCAGCUAAAAGGCAUGAACUGGCUCGCUAAUCUCUACGAUCAAGGCAUCAGUGGGAUUCUCGCCGACGAAAUGGGUCUUGGCAAGACUGUACAGUCAAUUGCGUUCCUCUGCCACGUGGCAGAGCGCUACUCCGUCUGGGGACCCUUUUUAAUCAUAUCCCCAGCUUCUACUUUGCACAACUGGCAGCAAGAGAUGGCUAGAUUCGUUCCCAGCUUCAAAGUGGUUCCCUACUGGGGAAAUCCUCAAGAGAGAAAAAUUCUAAGACAAUUUUGGGACACUAAAGACUUGCACACUAAAGACGCUUCUUUUCAUGUAGUAAUUACCAGUUACCAGCUUGUAAUUACGGAUUACAAGUACUUUAAUAGGAUCAAGUGGCAGUAUAUGAUCUUGGACGAAGCUCAGGCUAUCAAGAGCACAAGUAGUAUGAGGUGGAAAUUACUGUUAGGAUUCAGCUGCCGCAAUAGGCUUUUGCUAAGUGGUACUCCUAUUCAGAACAGCAUGGCUGAGCUCUGGGCGCUGCUGCACUUUAUAAUGCCGACUUUAUUUGACUCACAUGAUGAGUUCAACGAGUGGUUUUCUAAAGACAUUGAGAGCCAUGCUGAAAACAAAACUGGCAUUGAUGAGAAACACUUGUCCAGGUUGCAUAUGAUUCUCAAGCCUUUUAUGUUAAGGAGGAUUAAGAAAGAUGUGGAGAAUGAAUUGUCUGAUAAGAUUGAGAUCAUGGUUUAUUGUCCGCUGACUACCAGGCAGAAGCUGCUUUAUUCUGCGCUGAAGCAGAAGAUCAGAGUUGAAGAUUUGCUGCAUUAUUCUGUUGGCGCUGGUGGCAAUGGGGAAAAUCCUCCCCAGAAUGAUAAGAAUUUUACGUCCAAUCUUAUGAAUCUAGUCAUGCAGUUCAGGAAAGUUUGCAAUCAUCCUGAAUUAUUUGAGCGACGUGAUGCGAAGUCGCCCCUGUUUUUUAAGACAAUUGAUUAUCAAGUCCCAGCUGUUGUUUAUAAAUCGCUAAUUUUUGACUCGGUUCCUUCUAAAGAGCACUUGCUGUUUAAUAAAUUCAGUGUUUUUAAUACUGAAUAUAUUAAUAAGUCUUUAAAUCAUGAUACUGAUGAUUUUGUAGCGUUUACUAGACUAAUGAAUAUUUCUCCAGUAGAAUUGCACCGUAUUUUUGUCUUCGGGAUUCUUUAUAGACUUUAUCAGGCUUCGUUGUUAGAAAAACGAGUCAGGAAGAUAAAAUACUGGGAAGAUUGGAGUCAGAGUGAAGAAAAGGAAGGUACUAAAAAUUUGAUGAUAGUUCCCAGGCAAUUGGUGCUGGAAGAGAUGAUUAGUAUUGUGAAUAUUUCUGAGCUGAUUUUUACCAAAAAGAUUCUCCAGGGAGAACCUUUUUACACGCACACGACUCAUGUGAUCCACGCGAUGCCAGAAACUAUGGCUCAUAGAAUUAUAAGGAGCACCAAGCAUGUUUCUAAUACUUUGAAGUUGAAUACUGUUCGAGUGAAUACUGUUCCUGGAGUUAAGCCUCAGAUUUGUGAAGAGAGCAAGUUUGUGCUCCUCCCGGAGCACCGGCAUCUCCAGCGGGCGGAUAUUACAAGGGAGUACCAGCCCACGAGUAUUCCAAGGUUCUUGUGUGAUACUAAUGAGAAGAUUAAGGCCAGUCCGAGGAAGCUGUAUGUUAGUAGUAGUUCGGCGGCGUAUGCUUGGAAGAGACACGAAGCUUGUGCUGGGCCUUUUGGGCAGAAUGUACUCUGGACUGGGUUUGAGAGGACGCUUAGGAAUUUUGAUACUGAUGUGGAGAGUUUUCAUAAGACUUCUGUGUCGCAGAUUAAUAUUCUUGAUAAUUCUCCGGCUUCGAUUGUGGAUUUUUCUUAUGAAUCUUUGGGAGGACUCGCUGCUUGCCAUCCUGUUAAUGGGUGGUCGAAUAUUAUUGUUCCAGAUAAACAGACGUUGGUGACAGAUGCUGGUAAAUUAGCUGUCUUAGAUAAUCUUUUGCGAAGAUUGAAAGAACAAGGACACAGAGUACUUAUUUAUUCUCAAAUGACUAAAAUGAUUGAUUUGUUAGAGGAAUACAUGUAUCAUCGUAAACAUACAUUUAUGAGAUUAGAUGGAUCAUCAAAAAUCUCCGACCGACGAGACAUGGUAGCUGAUUUUCAAAAAAGAGCCGAUAUAUUUGUUUUUCUAUUGAGUACCAGAGCCGGUGGUUUGGGAAUAAAUUUAACUGCUGCCGACACUGUUAUUUUUUACGACAGUGAUUGGAAUCCGACAGUCGAUCAGCAAGCUAUGGACAGAGCUCAUAGAUUAGGACAAACAAAACAAGUAACUGUGUACCGACUUAUUUGUAAAGGAACUAUUGAAGAGAGAAUUUUGCAACGAGCAAGAGAAAAAAGCGAGAUCCAGCGAAUGGUAAUAAGUGGAGGAAACUUCAAACCAGACACUCUAAAGCCAAAAGAAGUUGUUUCUUUGUUGUUGGAUGAUGAGGAGAUAGAGGCUAAAUACAGUCAACGAAGCGAAGAGAGAAAACAGUACACAGAGGAUUCUCGAAUUGAGCCAAGUAUACAUCAUAAGGAGAAAGACCGGAAGAGGAAGUUAACCGCGCUUCCGUUCAAGGAUCCGAAAAAACCGUGUCUAGAGAACAAUUCCGUUGAAAAAGUAAAUACAUGCACGGCAGAUGCUAGUAAUGAGUAUUCCGGUACUCUGACAACUGCAACUACUACUAUUAAUACAGCUACGACUACGAGUUCUACUACGGCUAGUAACGAUUUUUCACAGUCGGUGGAUACUACUGAGGACUACCGAGCUUCACUUAGUCCUGUUAAAUCAGAGGACGAAACAAGCAACGAAGGGCUAGUAGUUGACGUAGACAACAACUCAACAUCAGGAGGAAGCUCGGCUUCCCUGUCCCCGCCAAAAGUCGCUCGUUUCAACCAUCACCUGAACUACGGCAUAGCCUCCACCGGAAUGAGAAUCAGACCCUCAAUGAGAGGAACCAGCAAGCGUGGCCGACCUCGAGGAUCUCGACGGGGAGGACCAAUUGCAGGAAAAGGUAGAGGAUUGAUGCUUCAUCCUCCAGGUAAAUCCUCCGCUGGUACCCUGCACUCUGUAUCUUCAUCCACGUCUGGUGAUAACUCUCAAGGCGUAGAAAUCCACAGUGAAUUCGUCACAGGACCAGGACGACCGCGACUAAGACCCGCUGGACCCGGUCACCAGGGUCACCGAAUUCCCGGACACCCCAAAAGGAUCCAGCGUCCAUUACCAGUCCCUCUGAGUCUCAAUCAGCUGUCUGUACAAAGAAAAUCCCCGAUCAGCGACUCAGUUCCGUCGUCCUCAUCAGAGUCACGGCCUUUUGGAUUCUACACCCAGCAAAGAUCUCAGCAAGAUCCUUAA